AUGGAUUCUCGUAGAUGGAUGUACAAUAGAUCUUAUGAUGAUCCAUUAGGGAUGAGGGAUGAAUUUAUAGCCGGUGUCUAUGCUUUUGUUGAAUACGCAAAGUCACUUGAGGAUUUUAUAGUUCAUGGUGUGGUUAGGUGUCCUUGUGCUAAAUGUGAAUGUAUGAAUUACAAGACCCCAGAUCUUGUUACGCUUCAUCUGUACGAAAAAGGCUUUAAAAGUAAUUAUACAGUGUGGACUAGUCACGGGGAAACACACAACAAUUUUGUUAGAUCUCAGAACUUUGAAGUCGGUGAAAGUAGCAGGAGGGUAGAACGUAAUGUCCAAAAUUCCAGAAUGCACGACAUGGUUCAGGAUGCAUAUGGCAUGCAUUCGGAAUUUGAAUCUGGUGGCCAUGUUGAAGAAGCUCCCAAUGAAGAGGCCAAACGUUUUUAUGCAAAGUUAAAUAAAGCUAGCCAGCCUUUAAAGGAUGGGAGUCCGCACUCUCAGUUGUCUGUCGCCGUUAGAUUGUUGAGUAUCAAAGCAGAUAACAAUAUUUCUGAGGGGGAAAUGGAUUCUUUUAUUGACCUCAUGCAUGAAUUAGUUGACUCCACUCUAGAGAUACCCGAUAAUUACUAUAAGGCAAAGACAUUGGUGUCCAAGUUGGGACUGUCGUCGGUCAGAAUUGAUUGUUGUGAAAAUGGUUGCAUGUUAUACUAUAAGGACGAUGUCGGUCUAGAAUCUUGUAAGUUUUGUGGUAGUAAUCGUUCUGCCCCUCAUAUGAGAUGGCACAGUGAAAAUAGAAGGCCACCGGGUGUUAUGUGUCAUCCAUCUGAUGGUGAGGCUUGGCAGCAUUUUGAUAGAACCUAUCCAGACUUUGCAGUUGAACCACGUAACGUCAGGUUGGGUUUAUGUUCAGAUGGAUUCACUCCGCAUUCUAUUUCUGCUGCUCCGUAUUCUUGCUGGCCCGUGUUCAUAACCCCGUAUAAUCUUCCUCCUGAGAUGUGUAUGACUAGUCCAUAUAUAUUCCUUAACUGCAUUAUUCCUGGCCCUCGUAAUCCAAAAGUUUUGAUUGAUGUGUACUUGCAACCACUGGUUGAUGAACUGAAACAAUUGUGGGCCGUAGGGGUUGAGACAUAUGACAUUUCGCGCAAGCAGAAUUUUAAUUUGAGGGCUGCUUUAAUGUGGACUAUUAAUGAUUUUCCUGCAUACGGGAUGUUGUCCGGGUGGAUGACAGCCGGAAAGUUAGCAUGUCCUUACUGCAUGGAGAAUACUAAGUCUUUCACUUUAAAAAACGGCAAAAACAAUUCAUGGUUUGAUUGUCACCGUCAGUUCUUGCCGAUGGAUCACCCCUUUAGGAGAAUGAAAAAUGCAUUCAAGAAGAAUACAAUUGAACAAGACUGUCCACCUCCAAUAUUGUCUGGUGAGGAUAUCUGGGAGAGAGUUCAGAACCUCCCAAAGGUUACUGAAGAAGAACCGUACAGUGAUGGAUGUAAAGGACAAGACCAAAGAUAA